AUCGAACGCGGGGAGUUCCAGUUAUCACUGCGCAACAUCGAAAGUUAUUUAAAAAUUCCUCCAUUAAUAACUUAAGGAUUUUGGGAAUUGUGUGAACGGGCGAGGAGAGCAGGGGGGAAGAAAAGCGUCCCCCGGAGCAGACAGAGGAGCCAGGAACCCCCAGGGACGAGAAAAUAAGGCGAGCGCCAGGGACGAGGAGGCGAGACAAGCCAAAGCCGUAACUUCCUUUAGUCUUUAUGAUUCAUCGGAGGAGAAGAUCAUAACAACGCUUAUUUGGGCUUUUUAUUAGUGGGGGGGAUUCCAAAGCGCACCAUGGCCAGAGAGUACGACCACCUCUUCAAACUGCUCAUCAUAGGAGACUCAGGGGUAGGGAAGAGCUCUCUACUGCUCCGGUUCGCAGACAACACAUUCACAGGCAACUACAUCACAACAAUUGGUGUUGACUUCAAGAUCCGCACGCUAGAAGUGGCUGGGGAGAGAGUCAAAUUGCAGAUAUGGGACACAGCCGGACAAGAGCGGUUUAGAACAAUCACAUCAACGUAAGUCUU